AGCGAAGCGCAACACAACACAAAGCAGCGUUGGAAUCGAAAAUGGCGGGUGGAACAUCAUCGUCUGGCGGAGGAGGAGCGGGUCUCUCCACGGGAGCCGGGACCAAGGUCGACGUUACGAUGAAACUGUCCCAGCUGCAGAAUCUCGUGAAACGAGAUCCCAGUGGCUACCGGGAAGACUACGAGGCGCAGAUCCGCCGACUCCGAACGGAAUGCGAGAUCCUGACGAUAUCCCCCGUUGGAAUCGUCGGGGGCGGGGACGCCUCCUCGGCGGUGCGCAAAACCUCCAAGUCGUCCUCGUCGGGUGGAAAGCUCGAGGAACUUAUCCAGUUCGCGGCGGCGACCGCCUCGUCUUCCUACAAGGGGAAAGAGUCGGACCGUGUGGCGGCGAUUAUCAUUGGAUUGCUGGUGGGAGAGCGCCCCUCCGAGGACAACGACGUUGCCGUGGAAGAGCCGGAGACAAAAGGAAAAAACAACAAACAAAAGAAAGUCUAUCGGAACGAAGACCUCCACACCAUGACGACGAUGCUCCCUUCGGCCGCGCUCCAGCUCCCUAGGGACAUUCGCAAGACCUGUGUCUCUGCACUAAUUCUGAUGCGCAACAAGGGUGCCCUGGAGCCACUGAGGGUCCUGGAAUUGUUCUUUCGCCUCAUGGCGGUCGUUCCGGACAAGACCCUGAGAGAAAUCCUGUACAAACACAUGGUGAACGACAUUCGGAACAUCAACAAAAAGGGCAAGCGCGACGAGAGGGUCAACCGRGCCAUCCAGUCCUUUCUGCACCGGGUGGUUGCCACCCACGGACAGGAACAGCGCAGGGGCGGCGGUGCCGAAAACAACGAGGAAGCCGCCACCGACAUUGCCGCCAAGCGGGCCACCGACAUGGUCUGUGAGCUMUACCGGAGGCAAGUCUGGACGGAUGACCGAACGGUSGCCAUCCUGGCGACGGCGGUCGAAUCCAAGAACAUGACCGUGGCCAGCCGGGCCAUGCGAUUUUUCCUGAACAUCGAAGAAAAAAUGGCCCUCGACAGCUCCGUCAAAGAGGAAGAAGAGUGGGACGCCUCCCAGAAGGUCAACUACCACAGCUUUUCCCGCAAGACRAAAAACAGAGUCAACCACGUCAGGCGGCAGCUCAAGAGCCGGAAUCGUAUGCAGCGAAAGCGAGAGGGCACCGAGACCGACGACUGGAUGGAUGUCCGGGACGACGAGGGUGUGGAGAGCGCCAAGAAAUUGUACCCGGCCAUCGAAUUGUUGCGGGAUCCACAGGGCCUGGCCGAGUCCGUGCUGAAACGCCUAAAGAACCCMAAGUCCAGCAUUCCAUUCAAGAACAAGCUGCUGAUGAUGAACUUCGUGACGCGGUUGGUGGGAAACCACGAACUCAUGGUCCUGAGCCUKUAUCCCUUCUUGCAAAAGUACAUGGGGGGGCACCAGAAGGACGUUACCGGCGUUUUAGCCUAUUCUGUGCAGGCUUGCCACGAGAGUGUUCCGCCCGACGAGGUGUACGGGAUUCUCAAGACGAUUGCCCACAACUUUGUCACGGAGCGCUGCUCGGAGGAACAAAUGGCCGUGGGGAUCAACGCGAUCCGUGCGAUUUGCGCCCGGACCCCUUCCGUCUUGUCCAUCGAAGACUCGGAGGACUCGAUGGAGACAUCCGCCUUUGAUGUGGAGGCCUUUGUGAGGGACAUUGCCGCCUACUCCAACCAYAGAGACCGGUCCGUCUCGAUCGCCGGAAAAUCGUACCAGAACUUUAUUCGGGAGACCCAUCCGAGCCUGCUCCAGGGCAAGAACCGCGGCCUCAGGGGUUCCGCCCUCCACAAAGCCAAGGCCAAGCCCAUGCGGUACGGAGAAGCCAAGGUCAAUUACGGUGUAGAGGGUGCCGAUUUGCUGCUGGAAUACGAGGCAAAGAAGGCUGCCUGGGAGCGAGAGCAGGAACGAUUGGAGGCAGAAGGAAUAGACGGCAGCGACGACGAAGGAGAAACAGAAGAAGCCAUGAACGACGAAGAAGCAGCAGAAGAAGACGAAGACGAAGAGGCACCGGAUCUGAUCGUUGUCGAUCCCGACGAAAAGGAGGACGAGACCGAAGGCGAAAAGGAGGACGAGGUCAUGGAUUUGUCGAAAAUGACACAGGAGGAACGAAACAAACUGAAGCAAGAGAUUUCUGCUACGCGCAUCUUUUCGGCCUCCGACUUUGCGAAGAUGCGAAAGCUGGUAGAGCGGGAAGAACGGGCCCGCCGGGACCCACGGGAGGCAGCCAGGCGAAAGAGAGCCAUUGCCCAGGGGCGAGAAUUCGACGAGCUCAGCGAGGACGACUGGGACUCGGAGGACGACGAAUUCGAUUCCGAGGUCCGCAUCAAGGGUGCCGUCAAUCCGGACUCGAUCAUGGCCGAAGCGAAGCGGAAGCGCAAGUCCAAGGCCGAACGGCUGCAAAAGGUGCUGGCGGGGCGCGAAAAGUUCGAGUCCAACGACCGCGCGGGUGGUUCUACCAACACGGAAAAAGAGCGAAAGAAGAAUUUCCUCAUGUCCAAAACGAGCAAGCGGGCCCGAUCGAAGGGGCGAGGAAAGGGAGGUCUCACACCAGCGCGAGGACACGGUGGAAUGGGACAAAAAACACAGGGAAAAACACAAAAUUACAUGCGGGAGGCCCGGAAGCGAAGAAGAAAGACGUAAAACUACUAGUAGUAGAAACAGAGUCCUGUGCUUUUGUUAUCAAUCAUUAUCAGCCAUGGCUGCUAUUUCGACAUCAACAUAAUAUACUAUACUAGUGYUG